CUUUCUUAUUACCUCUUUCCAUUUUUCUCUCUCUUAAUUUCUCUAUCUCUAUCUCUUUCUCUUUCGUUCUAUCCAAUCAAAACUUCUACCUUCGGAUAUGUUUACCAAAGUUAGAGAGUGGAGAUAACAAUGACCCAACUAAUAUGGCAGUCUUCCCAUCUGGGUAUCUGUCAAGUACUUUUUUCACGCAAUGAUCAUGGGUGGGUCUAUAUGGUGAAUAUGUUUCCAUGCAAAUUUGAUCUUUAGGGGAGAAGAAGCAUUCCUUUGAAAGAAAUAAAAGUAAAAUUCUAACAAAAAGAGAAAAGGAAUAUUGUUAGACAAUGGCAUCAUUGACCAACCAACCGUCUAAGAAGGCCAUUCGUGGUGCUGGGAGUUCUAGCAAUAACUCGCAGAGCAAUCGUGGUUCCAGCGGGCAAACGGUUAAAUUCGCAAGAAGAACUUCAAGCGGUCGGUAUGUUAGUCUUUCAAGAGAAGAUCUUGACAUGUCCGGAGAAAUAUCGGGAGAUUACAUGAACUACACGGUUCACAUUCCUCCUACGCCGGACAAUCAGCCUAUGGAAUCAUCUGUCGCUGUGAAAGCCGAAGAACAAUAUGUUUCCAACUCACUAUUUACCGGCGGAUUCAAUAGCGUAACACGAGCUCAUCUUAUGGACAAGGUGAUUGAUUCAGAUGUGACUCAUCCGCAGAUGGCUGGAGCCAAAGGUUCUUCAUGUCAAAUGCCUGCUUGUGAUGGCAAGGUGAUGAAGGAUGAAAGGGGAGUUGAUAUAACUCCUUGUGCUUGCAGGUUCAAAAUUUGUAGAGAUUGCUUCCUGGAUGCCCAAAAGGAUACUGGACUUUGUCCUGGUUGCAAGGAACCAUAUAGAACCGACUUUGAUGAUGAUCCGCAAGAUAAUUAUUCAAGUGGAACACUACAACUUCCAGGCCCAGAUGGCUCAAGUAGGGAUCCUAAUAAUAUGUCAAUGAUGAAAAGAAAUCAAAAUGGAGAAUUUGAUCAUAAUAGGUGGCUGUUUGAGACAAAAGGUACAUAUGGUGUUGGCAAUGCUUAUUGGCCACAAGAUGAUCAUAUGUAUGAUGAUGAUGGGGAUGAAGGGUUCCAUGGAGGCAUGUUGGAUGCUAAAGAUAAGCCUUGGAAACCUCUAAGUAGAAAAAUGCCAAUUCAAGCUGGCAUUAUCAGCCCUUAUAGGCUGUUGAUCUUGGUUAGGCUUGUGGUGCUUGGUUUCUUCUUGGAAUGGAGACUCGUUCAUCCAAACGAAGACGCAAUAUGGUUAUGGCUUAUGUCAGUAAUUUGUGAGGUAUGGUUUGCUUUCUCAUGGAUUCUCGACCAGAUUCCCAAGCUCUGCCCAAUCAACCGAUCCACCGACCUCGAGGUCCUCCGGGAGAAGUUCGAUAUGCCAUCGCCAUCGAAUCCCACCGGCCGCUCCGAUUUACCAGGCUGCGAUAUGUUUGUCUCCACCGCGGAUCCCGAAAAAGAACCACCUCUAGUCACUGCCAAUACUAUCCUUUCAAUUCUAGCCGUUGAUUAUCCAGUGGAGAAGCUAGCUUGCUAUAUCUCCGAUGAUGGCGGCGCACUUCUAACCUUUGAGGCCAUGGCCGAGGCUGCAAGCUUCGCUGAUUUGUGGGUUCCAUUUUGCCGGAAACAUGAUAUCGAACCGAGGAAUCCGGAGAGCUACUUUAGCUUGAAAGUCGAUCCAACUAGGAAUAAAAGUAGGUCAGAUUUCGUGAAAGACAGGAGGAAGAUAAAGAGGGAGUAUGAUGAAUUUAAGGUAAGGAUCAAUGGGCUGCCUGAUUCGAUUCGGAGGAGAUCGGACGCCUUCAACGCAAGAGAGGAAAUGAAGAUGUUAAAGCAUAUAAGGGAGAGUGGAGGGGACCCAAUGGAGCCGAUAAAGAUAUUGAAGGCUACAUGGAUGGCUGAUGGGACCCACUGGCCUGGUACUUGGGCUGUUCCUUCAAGCGAUCAUGCUAAAGGUGACCAUGCAGGAAUUCUUCAGGUGAUGCUGAAGCCUCCGAGCAGCGAUCCAUUACUAGGAGGCACCGAUGACAAGAUCAUAGAUUUCACGGAUGUCGAUAUACGCCUCCCGAUGUUUGUAUAUGUCUCGCGCGAGAAGCGGCAUGGCUAUGAUCACAACAAGAAAGCUGGAGCCAUGAACGCACUGGUACGAGCUUCAGCUAUUCUAUCCAAUGGCCCUUUCAUUCUCAACCUUGACUGCGAUCACUAUAUCUACAAUUGCAAAGCCGUCCGCGAAGGAAUGUGCUUCAUGAUGGAUCGUGGCGGCGAAAACAUCUGCUACGUUCAGUUCCCUCAGAGAUUUGAAGGCAUUGAUCCCUCUGAUCGUUAUGCUAAUAAUAAUACUGUCUUUUUUGAUGGCAACAUGCGUGCUCUUGACGGCGUACAGGGUCCGGUUUAUGUGGGAACGGGAUGCAUGUUUAGGCGGUUUGCUCUGUAUGGUUUCGAUCCACCGCAGACUGACAAGCUAAAACAUAAGGAUGACACAGAAAUACCGGCACAAACACAACCCUUAGCAGCCACUGACUUUGAUCCUGAUCUAGAUGUGAACUUACUUCCAAAGCGUUUUGGAAAUUCAACAUUGUUAGCGGAGUCUAUACCGGUUGCUGAGUUCCAUGGCCGCCCAAUUGUCGAUCAUCCUGCAGUCAAGUACGGCAGGCCUCCCGGUGCUCUUAGGAUCCCCCGCGAACCGCUUGAUGCCACCAGUGUUGCUGAAGCCGUAUCCGUCAUUUCAUGUUGGUAUGAAGACAAGACCGAAUGGGGAGACCGUGUGGGUUGGAUUUAUGGUUCGGUCACAGAAGAUGUGGUGACAGGCUACCGGAUGCAUAACCGUGGAUGGCACUCGGUCUACUGCAUUACCAAGCGCGACGCAUUUCGAGGAUCUGCACCCAUCAAUCUCACUGAUCGACUUCACCAAGUGCUGCGGUGGGCUACUGGCUCGGUCGAAAUCUUCUUCUCCAGAAACAACGCAUUCCUUGCCACCAGGAGACUCAAGGUUCUUCAGCGUCUUGCUUAUCUUAAUGUUGGCAUAUACCCUUUCACCUCUGUGUUCCUCAUCGUCUAUUGCUUCCUUCCGGCACUGUCGCUCUUAUCUGGAAACUUCAUCGUGCAAACUCUGAAUGUCACGUUCUUAGUCUAUUUACUUACCAUAACUUUAUGCCUUAUUGGACUGGCAAUCCUAGAGGUGAAAUGGUCCGGUGUUGGAUUAGAAGACUGGUGGAGAAAUGAACAGUUUUGGCUCAUCUCCGGAACUAGUGCUCACUUCGCGGCUGUGGUACAAGGCCUUUUGAAAGUGAUAGCAGGAAUUGAAAUAUCAUUCACGUUGACAUCCAAAUCAGGAGGAGAUGACAACGACGACAUUUACGCCGAUUUGUACAUCGUGAAAUGGACUUCGUUGAUGAUUCCUCCCAUUGUGAUCGCCAUGGUGAACAUAAUUGCAAUGGCGGUAGCGUUUGCGAGGACGGUUUACAGUGAAAAUCCGAAAUGGAGUAAGUUGAUGGGUGGAGCAUUCUUUAGUUUCUGGGUCUUGGCUCAUUUGUAUCCUUUUGCAAAAGGUUUGAUGGGAAGGAGAGGGAAGACACCUACAAUUGUUUUUGUCUGGUCAGGUCUAAUUGCAAUUACACUGUCCUUGCUCUGGAUUGCCAUUGACCCACCCAGUGGAGGAACAACCGAUAGUAUUGGGGGAGGAUUCCAAUUCCCUUGAAUAAGACUAUGGAAUAUAAUAGGUUAGAUAAUUUGAUUAGUAGUUAUUUAGCGAUUUAAGUGAGAGAACUUUCGAACUUAAACAGGUACGAUUGAUUGUGUUAUAGAGUUUUAAGGGAUAAGGAAUCGUCCUAUAAAGCCAAUCAGAAUUUCAAAGUGUACUAAAGGAGUUAUUUUUUUUAUUAUUAUUUUAUUUGUUUAUUGUUCACUAGAUUUAUCUUGUGACCCUCAUACUUUCAUGGGGAGUUUUAUUCAAUUAAUAGGAAAGUCAAUAUUUUUUCGA